UACAGCCCUCUCUAGCCUCGUCUAGCCAAUGACCCUGUUUGAUUACUCCCUCUUACUCAUAACGAAAAUGAAAGCAAGUUAAGACCAGACUAAGGAGUCCGGAGUCCCAACAGAUCCACACAUCUCCCACCGAGAGGAGCGUGUUAAGGUGAAGAAACAUGGCCUCCUGUGGUACCAUCACCUUCAUCUUCGGCUUCUUCAUCUUCAUCACUGCAGUUAACACUUCUUCCAUGAAUGUGAAAUGCAGUACUGAAAGUGUGGGAGAGCAUGGCCACGAGUCACUGCUGAACUGUGUUGUCGAAACCGCAGCAGAUGAUCAAAUCCGAGUGGUUAUUUGGAAGAAGGGUGAAGAGAUUUUGCUUCGUUAUUAUGAUGAGGAGCUGACUCUGAAGCCAGGCUAUAGAUUUGCUGACCCCUCCUGGAUGAACACGAGGAACGUAUCCCUGCUCAUAACCAACACUGUCGUGACAAGUGAAGGCGAAUAUUCUUGCAAAGUGCACACAUAUAAUGGGGACGACGGAAGCACAGUCAGCUUCAAAGUCAAAGCCAAAUACAGUGAGCCUAGAAUCAACUCCAUCCCUGAGAACAUUCCCCCAAAUACAGACAGUACCCUGAUCUGUAAGUCUGAAGGUGGCUACCCACAAGGUGAGAUUCGAUGGUUUGAUGAAAACCAUCAGGACUGGACAAAAAGUUCGAAGAUGGAGGUGAUACAGACCGACAAUGGUUUGUAUCAGCUCUCAAGCAAUCUGGCUUUGCUGAGUGGAUCCACUUUCUCCAAGUAUACCUGUGUCGUGUUCAAUUCCAGCGGAGGCAAGGAGGGGGAAGCCACAUACGAAAUAACAUCUAUACCUGAAGUUUACGGCAGCCUAGGAGCUGAAGAAGGAGGGAAGGAGGCCUCCAAAAUAGUGGCCCCUAUAGUGGUCAUUGGAUCACUGCUGGUGGGAUUGCUGAUGGUGCUGCUGUAUAAAAGACGAUCUCACCAGGCACGAAGGCCCUCUGCUGCACCCCUUAUGGGUCCUUACAUGCAUGGAGGUGGAUGUCACCAUGAGGAAUGUAGGCAAGAAGCUGAAGAGGUGAUGGACACCAACAGCCCAGCCUGAGACUCUCUCCACAGGAGACAUGGCAUUCUACAGGAAUAAAGGAUGGCAUCUUCCAAAACCUUCCACAGCUCUGCUCUCACUGUACUUUUCCUGUUUCUAACACCUUCCAAUACCUAGGAAUAACUUGUAUUAUUGUGAUUCAUCAGAAGAAGAAGAUGUUCACUUUUUUGUGACUAAACACUCUUCAGCAAAGAAUACGCCUAAAAAAAGGGCUGAGUUUGAAUGAAGUGGAUUCACGGGGAAAUUCCAUCAAUGUCAGACGCAAAGUGAUACAUGACUGAGAGAAAUGACGAAAGUGGUUUUACAAUGGUUGUUGGAAAGUAUGAUUGCAUGUAGGUUUGUCUUUGUUCCGCCCAAGCAGUAACUGUAGCUAAUGCCAGCUCGGCACUUCCUCUUCUCAUGUUGCUUCAUUAUUACAAGGAAAUCAUGAAUCAAAUUUUUUGGGAUAAUGGGAAGUUGUCAUCUACAUUAUAGGUUUGCGUGUGUAUCUUGUAAUCUAAUGUAUCUCAGGUCAUUGUGUUGAUUGUAUGAUUUUUUUACAGUUUGAUUUUUAUCUUUUGUCUGUAUUGUUUUUUUCAAGAUGCUCACACAUGCACUGUAGCUCAUUUACACAUAAACAACGCUCUUGAGAACCCCAAGUAAAAAGAAAACUAAUAUAUAAGUAAAAAUGUAGUCAAAUAAAAUAAAAUAAUAUAAGCAGAAAAUGCACAAAAUUAGUAGAUAAACAAAUAUUCGAGAAAUAGAGACAGAAACUAGCAUAUGAGGAACUUAUCCCAUGUGAUGUCUUAAAGCUGACCACUCUUUUUUGUUUCUGCUUUUGUGUGAUGAAUGAAACUGUGCAUAUGUAACUUUUGGAAGUCACACUGAAACUUUAUGGUCAAAUCAACAUGUAAUCGUACCACCUCAGGGUUGAUUAUCGAGGACUGUCGCUUGUGGUUGGCUAAGCAGGUUAAGGGUGAUUUGAGUUCAUUAUCGACUGUAUUGAGGAAAAUCAACAUCAGGGUGAAUGUUUUAAGAUCAGCAUUAUCAGAAAGAAACAAAAUAUUCUUAUAUUCAAUCAAAUCAUCUUGUAUCAAGAAAAAAACAUCUGCCAAUGAGUUCAGCUUUUCUUGUUUGACAAAAAUUCUUAAAAUAAGCACUCUCGAAAAUCCUUUUUUGCAGUGCUUUACUUAAAUCAUUCAUUGGGUUAAUGUGAAAACAGACACAGUCCUUGCUGUGUAUUUUUUCUGUGUGGUUCACUUAUGUACACUGUGAUUUGUGGUGGUAAGCUCUUAUUAAAACAUUUGUACCUACAAAAAA